AAACACCCAAAAUAUAAACUCCAACCUUUCUCCAUCAUCGUUCUUCUUCACACACGCAAAUCCUGUAUAAGCCUUACAGUGUGAGACCGGUGAUUGAGCACAAUAAUCUGAGUUUUAGAGAGAGAAAGCCGAAUCAUCCAUGGCGACUUCUGUAUUUCUCUCUCCUCUCUCUUCUCCAGCCAUCGACAAUCGCGAACUAGGUUCUGGUAUUGGUCUCCCACAGUCCUCUUUCAUUCACGGUACGAAGUUCUGUGUCUCCUCUUCCAAGACAAGAACAAACACUGUUAGGAGACUGUGUUAUAGGUCUCCGAUUUCGGCGAAGUCUCUCGAUCACAUUCCGAAGCAAUUCAGAGAAGAAAACCUAAAAGAUGGAUUGUUGGACAAUUUCAAGAAUGCCCCUCAAUAUCUUUAUGGCCUUACUCCUUCACAGAUGGACAUGUUCAUGACAGAAGAUAAUCCUGCCCGUCGACAGUCAGAAAGAGUCACAGAGGAAAGCAUCUCAUCUGCCAGCAAUUAUUUGGAUCAUGGAGGAAUGUGGAGUCUAUCGGGCACGAAUGAUAGGGGUCCUUCAAAGUAUAGCAUGAGUGUGAGCAUGUACCGAGGAGGAGCCAGAGGGUAUGGAAGACCCAGAACUGCUCCUCCUGAUUUGCCAUCUUUGCUUUUAGAUGCUAGAAUUUGCUAUCUGGGAAUGCCAAUUGUACCAGCAGUAACUGAGCUGCUUGUUGCUCAGUUCAUGUGGUUGGACUAUGAUAACCCAUCAAAGCCUAUAUAUCUAUACAUAAAUUCAUCUGGAACGCAGAAUGAGAAGAUGGAGACUGUUGGAUCUGAAACUGAGGCGUAUGCCAUUGCCGACACCAUGGCUUACUGCAAGUCCGAUGUCUAUACGGUGAACUGUGGCAUGGCGUAUGGUCAAGCAGCUAUGCUUCUAUCACUUGGAGCCAAGGGUUACCGUGCUUUACAGCCAAAUUCUUCCACAAAAUUGUAUCUGCCGAAGGUCAACAGAUCAAGUGGGGCUGUUAUAGAUAUGUGGAUUAAGGCCAAAGAACUAGAUGCAAACACCGAGUAUUACCUCGAGCUGUUGGCAAAGGGAAUUGGAAAGCCAAAGGAAGAACUCGAGAAAGACAUCCAGCGCCCCAAGUAUUUCCAAGCACAGGAGGCCAUUGACUAUGGCAUUGGAGACAAGAUAAUUAGCUCAAGGGAUUCUGCAUUUGAGAAACGGAAUUAUGACGAGAUGCUUGCCCAAUCAAAAUCCACAAGGAGAGGACCAGGAGCUGGUCUGCAAGCAGCUCCCUCUGGAUUUAGGUAAUCAUAAAGCCUUUUAUGCAUCGUGAAUAUCCCAAAACCACAGGUUUAAUGUGAUCCUGUCUCGUCCUCUGCGACUUGCACAAUGGAGGAGCUAUUACAUUUGGGGCUUUUGUUGAAUACUGUAGUUGUGAUACAGAUAGAGCUAGCCUCCAAUAUGUGAGAUCCGUUAGUUCUCUUAUAUGUAUGUUGUAUACAUGGGUAAGAUGGGAAAAGGAUAUCGAUCUGGAUCUGCUCCUCGUGAAAUGUUCAUUGUAAUGAAACACAACCUUAAGCACCAGUUAGUUUUAUGAUUUUUCAAAA